AUGGGUUCUUUUUAAGAGGAGUACGGAUACCUCUUUGAUAAAGAUUUUUAUAGCAUUUAGGAAUAUAUAUAGCAAUUUAAUGAGGGAAUUACUACAAUCAAUCCAGAUGAGAUUCAAAGUGAGAAGGAUUUAUUAGAAUAACUUACAUAUCAAGUAAAAAUGUAUGGCACCAAAAUAAUAGAAUUGUAUGACGUACUUGAUUAGUAUGCGCAAACUGAUAGAACAUAAUUAAUAGAUGACUAAUAGUAGCAUCAUUAGCACUAGUAAGCUUUAAAGAAAAUAUAAAACUUAGAAUUGGAGAAAGAAGCUUUAUUAGAAAGACUGAAAUCAGUGCAAAUGAAUAUGAAUACUUUUUCAGAUAAUUCCAUAGACAAAAUAUAUAUAAUGUCUAACUCUGAUCAUAAUUGGUCUGAUAUAAUAUAAGCAUUAGAAGAAGCUUUUAGAAAAGAGGAAAGCUAAGAAGAAGGAUUUGAACUUUUGCAGACUUUAGAUUAUAAAAUAAAUACUAGCAACAUUAAGCAAUUUUGUGAGUGGCUCGGAGCUUGUAAUAGGUAAAAAGACAACUACAUUGAAAGGUUAUAGGAAAAAUUGCCAAGGUUAUCGAAUGAGAAUACUAAUUUGUUGAGGUUCAUGUAACCGAAUGGAAGCUUUUUUUCAAUUGCGAGAGAUCUUUCAAAGAAUUUAGACCAGCUUCAAAAUUAAAUGCUUUAAUAACAAACAUAAUACACUAACAAGAUUGAAUAUUUAAAUCAGCAAAUAACUGAAUUAACAUAGGAUAUGAGUAUAAAUAAAAAGACAAAUGAUCCAGCUAAAAAGAACUCUAGAAAUUCAUCAUUAGAGAGAGGAAGCUUCAGCACAAAUUAUUCCCUCAAAGACACAAGCAAUACAAAUGUUAAUCUAAUAAUGGAAUUGCAAGAAUAAUUAAAAUUAGAAUAAUAAGAAAAAGAUAAAUAUUUAUAAGAUCUUCAGGAAAUUUAUGGUGAAUAUGAAAGCUUAAAAAAUAAAUAUGAAAAUCUUUAAGAUGCUUCAAAGCAAAAUUACUUGAAGGAGUAGCUAGAAGAGCUGAAAAACGAGUUAAGCAAAUUCAAAAACGAAAGUAGCUUCUGUAAUCUUCAAGAAUAAGAAAAAAUUAAAGAGUAACUUUCAGAAAAAGAAAAUCAGAUUGAAAUCCAAAGCUCAGAAAUUUCAGAAUUAAAAAAAAAAUUAAAUGAAUAGAUAUAUGAAAACAAGUAAAUAAGAGAGGAAGAAGAAAAAAAAUGGGAGAAGAAGCACAAUGAGAUGGUUGAAGACUACAAGAAAUAGUUAAGAGAAGAAAAGUAAAGAGAAUUAACUUUUAGAGAUUUAAAUAAACAAAUAGAAGAAGGAAUUAAAUAAAUGAAAUAAUAAUCUUUGCAAAUAGAAUAAUUAGAGCAAGAAAAAAUAGAGCUUGAGCAAAAGCUGGUAUAAAUUCAAAGUUCGUUUGAAGAAUCUUAAAAUUAAUAAAAGCAAGCAGAAAGUGUUAAAAUUUAGCUUGAGUCAGAAGUGAAGGAACUUUAAAAUAAGCUAAAGUAAUAAGAAUAAGAGCAAAUAUCAACUCAAUCAAAAUAAUCUUAGUUAGAUCAAUAGAUAUAGCUUUUAAAAGAUUCACUUAAUUAGUUCUAAAAACAGCACAAGACUUCUCUUUAAUAUGAAGAGAGCAUUAGAGAAUUAGAGAAAAAAGUGGCUGAUUUGAUUGAAGAAAAUAAUCAGCUUCAAGAUACGUUUACUAGAACUGUUGAAGAACUUGUUUAAAAAAAUUAAAUAAUUAGUAAUUUGCAAGAUGAAUUAUUCACAACAAAUGAAGAAAUGAAAGCUUACUAAUAAAAUUAACACCAAAUGUCAAAAUAAUUUGAUGAGCUAAUUGAUUUAAAAGAGUAGAAAUGGGUAGUUUUAGAAACUGAUAACUCAAACCUGAAAUAAUCUUUGAAGCUCUCAGAAUAAGAAUUGACUGAAUGCAAAUAACAAAUUCAAUAAAUGAAUGUGUAAUUUGAGAAAUUUAAAUAAUCCUACAUAGAAAAGAUCAGAAUGUUUGGGGAAAAUAUAGAUCAGAUAAAGGAACAAAAUGAAAAGUAAAUGUAACUCAAAGAAAAGGAGCUAUCUCAGCUUAAGCAGAAUAUUGCUAAUUAAGAAGAACUUAUUUAACAUUACGAGGAAGCUUUAAACAUUAAGGAAGAAAAAUUAGCCAAUUCAUAAUCUUAAAACUCAUCUAAUACUAGAAGAAUAUUGAGGACUUAAGACUUACAGACUUCUCUGAAUGAGUCUAGCUCAAGAUUCUCAUUUCAUAACACAGAAGAUUUAUUCAAUAAAUUGACGAAAUACAAAAAGUAGGUAAUAAAAUUAAAGGAGAAAUAAGCUGAGCUAGUGAAUGAACUAGAAAUAUCCAGAAAAAGUUUUUCUGAUUUGCUUUUAGCUUAAAAGGAACUCGAAUCAAAAUACAUCUAACUUCAAACUGAAUACACUAAAACAAAAAUAGUUACUCACUCAUCUUCAUCUAAAGAGGUUGAGUAAUUAAAAGAAGAAUUCAUAAAACUGUAAGAAAGGUACGAAUCAAUAUAAAAAGAAAAUUCAUCAUUACGUAAUGGCAUUUUCUGCAAAGACAACACUUUUAAAGAAUUAGAAAAGUUGAUGAGUGUAAAUGAAGAACUUCUUUCGGAAAUAGAAAAUUACAAGUCAAAGCUAAUAUAAAAAGAUGAAGAGAUCAUCAAAGAAAAAAUAUUGACAAAGCAGUAAAUACUUGCAGCACAUAAAAAAAUAGAUGAAUUAUAAAGAAAAGUACAAGAAAAUCAAGCUUAAGGAACCUCUAGAAGCACUUAUAGAAGCAGCUCAACCCAUAGAAGUCAUCUUUAGGAAAUCACAAAAGAAGUUCAAGAAAAUUAGAAAAAUAUUCUUUCAAAGUAAGAUUUGCAAACUCUAUUGACAUAAAAAAACUAAGAAAUCUCCAGACUGAACCAAAUAGUAAAAUCAAUAAGUGGAACUCACAUCCCCAAUAAUGACAACGUUAAUAUAAUGACUAAAAAAAAAUUUUGA